AUACAGCAGUUUGAAUCACAGGGAGUGAACCUCAGCAAUAUUGUAACCACACUCUACCUUCAACGAGAGGCUGUAGCAGAAACAAAUCAUCCCAUUUUAGAAGCUUUAAAAAAACUAACAAAGAUACUUGAUGGUGGAGAUUGCACCGAUGAAGAACUUAAAGAAAGCUUGCAAAUCUUUCAACAGGAAUCUAAUAUAGAUUUAGCACAUCGAUGUCUAGCUGCUUCAAAAGAUGCUUUCCCAGUUUUAUUUUCCCUCUGUGAACGCUAUGCAGAUAGAGAAAGCAUUCUAAAAUCUGUACUAGAAGCAUUAUUGUCCUUAUGCAAUGGACAGCCGGAUCUAAUCACUUUGAAAGGAAUAGUGUUCAUGAUAAGUCAUUUGGAAAAUUCAAGUACAGAUGUUACCUAUGUAAUAAUUAAGGUUAUAAGAAUAACAUGUGUUAUGCAUGAGAUGAACCGGCAGAAAUAUGUUGCAAACGGAUUGGUAGAGAAGUUGUUAUCUGUGUUAAGGGACCAGCAGGUUGGCAGUCAGGUAGUUGCAGAAGCCUGCAAAUCGCUGGCAACACUGACCCUUGAUGAUGACAUCAGAGCACCAUUUGGCAAGGCUCAUGAACAUGCCAAGUUGAUGGUGGAACUAGGGGCCAUUGAAGUCAUAUUGGAUGCAUUAAAAAAGCCAUCAUGUCAAGACAACUCAACUUUGUAUGAGCUUUGCUCAAUGCUCAGCAAACUUGCCGUCAGGAACGAGUUUUGUCAACAUGUGGUCGACCUUGGUGGCCUCCAGUCUGUUCUUAAGAUCUUGGCUGAAAAUUUGGAGUCUCAGGCAAUAGUGAAGCAAGUUUUUGCAGUAUUGAAAGCAAUUGCUGGUAACGAUGACGUCAAAAUUGCAAUUGUCAACUCGGGUGGCAUAGGCUUCAUUUUAAAUGCAAUGAAUAAACACAUCAAACAAGCGCAGGUGUGUGCACUGGGGUGUGCAGCAUUAAGUGCUGUUGUUCUCAGGAACACGGGUCACUGCAAGGUGGUGAUGGAAAGUGAUGGACCUACUGUUAUCCUCAAAGCAAUGACAGUGCAUCCUAAUAAUCGUUCAGUACAGACAAAUGCAUGCAUGGCAAUUCGCAAUUUAACAGCACGGACAAAAGAAUACUGUGAACCUAUACUACAGCUAGGUGCAGAAGAGUUGAUUCAGCAGGCCAGCAAGCAGUGCCCAGAUGAAGCAAAAGCAGCCUUGCGAGAUCUAGGCUGCAAGGUGGAACUUAUUGAACGUUGGAAGGGCGAGAACAAUGGAGUUGUUCAAUGAUAUCUGAGGACUAAAUGUUUCAAACUUUCAUGUUUUUUUUAUACUAAAUGAAAAGCUGUCUAAUAUACUGAAGCCAAUUUGCUGUCUAUUCAUACUGGUGUAUUCAAUUUGCUGUCCAUUCAUACUGGUGUAUUCAAUUUGCUGUCUAUUCAUACUGUUAUUGGUGGCUCAAAAUUUUGGUAGGGGAUAAGAUGUUCAAUUGAAUGCUGACAAUUUUUGGCAGUGUCCACGGACGAAGCCCAGCUUUUUUUUUGUUCUACUAAUUGUGGGUGGCUGAAGCACAGUUUUGUCUAGGCCAAGACACCUUGUAAUAUUGAUAACAUACCGUAAAACCUUGAAUUGAAGCCGUGGGCUUCUUUUCAAGGCUACUUUUGCAAAGUAAAGAGUGGGGGGGGGGCUUCUUUUCAAAAAUGAAUGCUGUAAAUAUUUGGAUUAGUACUAUAAGACAUUAAAUAGGGCCACUGUAACAUUAAUCUGUAUCAUUGAGUGUAUUAACCGGUAUUAAAUCACCUAAACUACUGUACUGUAUAAACCAAGCAUGUUUGAAAUUCAUGUACAGUGUAUGUACUGUACUGUACUAUCUCAAAAAGAAGCCUACGCUAUCUUAAAAAGAAGCCCAUGGGUUGUUUUUUUAGGCUAAUUUUGCAAACUAAAGAGGGGCCUUCAAUUCGAGAUAGGCUUCGUGACGAGAUCAUGCCCAUUGGGCUUUAAUUUAAGGUUUUACGGUAUGCUACAAUAACAAAGCUAUUAUUGACUAAAAUAUGUAUUGCAGUGCAAUGUUAGUUGUUUUUAUGUGAAAUGUGAUCAAUUGAAUAAAAUAAAUGCUUGCGCUGAAAUAUUUAAGCAUUUUUGAA